UCCAAGGGGGCGCCUCGGUUUCUUUUACUGCCGACGGCUCUAAACGGUGUCCGGUCCUCUGGAGGAUCUUUGGUACCGGUGGUUCAGUUUGCGGUUGACGCUCUGCUUUCGCCAAGGAGGUUUGGCUCAGGAAAAAUGGCUUUCCUAAUGACAUUUUGUUCAUUAAUCGUCAAGGUGUUAUGCUUGCCCCUUCAUCUAAUUGAAGCGGUCGGUCUGUAUGAAAUAUACAAACGUGUCUUCCCAUUUUGUUUAAACCGGAUUUCAAAAAAUUACAACAAGAAAAUGUACGACAAGAAGAAGGAGCUGUUUCGCAGUCUCCCCGAGUUCAACAAGCCUGGCGGCCAGCUCACAAUUUUGGAGAUCGGCUGUGGCACCGGCACUAAUUUUGAGUUUUAUCCGCCUGGCUGCAGGGUGAUCUGCACUGACCCGAACCCUCAUUUUCAAAAAUAUCUGAAGAAAAAUAUGGUGGAGAAUGACCACCUCACCUUUGAGAAAUGUGUGGUGGCAUCGGGGGAGGACAUGGGGUCAGUUGAGAGCGAAUCGGUAGACGUUGUUGUCUGCACGCUGGUGCUCUGCUCUGUCAAAAACAUAACCCAAACUCUGCGAGAGGCACGUCGCAUGCUGAGACCAGGUGGAGCAUUCUUUUUCCUAGAGCAUGUUGUUGCAGAGCCAUCGACUUGGGCGUACUUCUUCCAGCAUGUUCUGCAGCCUCCAUGGUACUAUUUUGGUGAUGGAUGUGAGGUCACUCGGGAAACAUGGAAACAUCUGGAGACAGCUGGAUUCUCUGAACUCAAACUGAGACACAUCGAAGCGCCACUUAUGUUCGCAAUCAAACCACACAUCAUGGGUUAUGCUGUAAAAUAGACUCUGUGUUAUUAGCUUUGUCAUAAGCUUGCCUUGUGUGUGUGAAUAUGGAAAGCAGUUAAUGCCUCUUCUUGCUUUGUGAUAUGAUUGAACACCAGUGAUCACCAGUCAAUUUAAUACUAACUAUAUUUUUGUAU